GGCAAAUAGGAUAUGCAAAUAUGUCUCUUCCGUUCCUCAUUUAUGAGAUUCAGAUAAUGUACAAAUCUGAGAGCAUUCCACACACACACACGCACGCACGCGCACACACACACCUGCUCUGUACAGACGUUGGUGUUCUUCAGCCUUAAUUAAUUUGAGUUUAUUUAGGCUGCAUUUGCUAUUUGCCCAUUUAAACCCUAGCUCUUUAGAGAGAAAUGUCGUUUCCCAUUCUCAGUAAGAGCAGUAAGAGCACCGCUCGUCACAACCGGGCGCUCAUCGUGUCGGUGGAGAAGUUCAGCGCACGUGCAGGACUCGAAAAGCGACCCGGGACAAAAAGGGACACGAAGCGCCUGCACGCGGCUCUGAGCCGGAGGGGCUUCCUCGUGAAAAUCCUGAUGGACCCGGACGCGGAUGAGAUCAUCGAGGCAUUUAAAGCAGAGAGUGAGCAGUCAGUGCACAGCUGUUUUGUGGGUGUGUUAUCGAGUCAUGGAGACAACGGAGUGAUAUUUGGAUCAGAUGGACGCCCUGUAAAACUUGCACAAAUAUACUCACAAUUUGGAGGACCAAACAUGGCUGCCAAAAACAAACUGUUUCUGGUCCAGGCUUGUCGAGGCAGCGAGCUGGAUGAUGGUGUUGAGACAGACACGUCAGAAGACUGUGGACGGUGUGAAUAUCAGUGUGAAUAUCAGUCAAUCCCAUGUGACACAGUUGUUGCUUAUGCUACAGUUCCAGGUUACAGUGCCUUCAUGCACCCGAGCGGCUCGGUGUUUAUACAGACGUUCUGUGAUCUGGUGGAGGAGUGUGAGGGGUGGGAGAUCACACAAUUUCUGACUCGGCUGAAUCGGCGUGUAGCCUUUAAGUUUGAGGCGAGAGGAAAUGAGCUCAAGGGCAAAAAGGAGAUGCCGUGUUUCAUCAGCCGCCUUACUGCUGACUGUUAUCCGUUCACCAACACGCUCAGAGUUUCAGCCACUGAGCUGCUCCAAGGCACCCACACUACUCGCAAAAACUCUAUCAGCUGAACUUAUACUUCAGCUAAACUCUGACUCAUUUUGUUCAGUUGUCUGUUUAUAGACAUCAGUAGAUCUUUAUGUGGAAAUUAAAUUUCAUGUUGGUGCUGAAGAGUGAUGAAAAAUUAAAUUUUAUGUUGGUUACUGCGACUACAGGAACACCAGUAUAGUGAAUUAUAGGGUUAUAGAUGCAAUAUUAGAGGGCAUAUAGAUUUGUGGCUUAUUGCCUGCAUGAGCAUAGCAUUGGUCAGACAGUGUGUUUGCACAUAUUUAAGAAAUGCUGUACAUUUUACAGAAAAUGUUAUACAUAUGAUACUUGAAUGAACUUAGUACAGUUCAGUCCAAACCUUCCUUAAGAAAAUCGUUGUUAUGCAUUGUUAUGGAUGUGAAGUCAUAUUUUGUUAAUAGAAAAAAUUGUCACUGUUAAUCUGAGUAGCUCAUUCAUAUCCACAU